AAUGUGUAUGGUUAUUUUUAUUUAUAGAAGUACUUUAUUUUCAGCCGGAGCCAUGAACGUGCUCGUCCUAGCCACGGAUUACACGGGAUAUGGUUUACUGUACAGUUGUGAACAGAACACAACACACAGGACAGUAUGGUCCUGGCAAAUCAGCAGAGCAAAGCAGUUCACAACAGAACAGAGUAAUCUGAUCAAUACAGCGAUAACCCUCAACACGGACCUCCGGAACGCCACCUGGAGGGCCGUCGGUCACACCGCUGAGCACUGCAAGACGAACUCCGCGAUCUCCAUAUUAGCCUCCCCGAUUAUUCUUGCACUUGUACUGUGUAACAUGCUGUCGUUUUUAAGCUAGAUUGUAAGAUUAUUUAAGUAACAUUUGUAUUAUAUAAGUAAAGAACUUGUUUGUA